GGUGAAAUCACAAAGCCGCCGCUGCUUUGACCAAUGUAGUUCUGUAAGCCUGUAAGGAAGUUAAGCUGUAAUGAAACACCACCUGCCAGCAACCAGAACACUUUUAAGCUAACGUUUCACUAAAGAACCAGACAAAAUGUCUUGGACAAACAGACUUAUCACCAGCUGCCUUGUGCUCACCAGCCUGCUGUUCAGUUCUCAAGCAGUGCCUAUAGGUGUAGAUAAAACUAAAGUAAAGGUGCCAGAAGAGAAGGUACCCGAGCCACCUCAAAGUGUGGACACUGGACUUCAUUAUGACCGCUAUCUCAGGGAAGUGAUCGAUUUCCUCGAAAAAGACCAGCAUUUUAGAGAAAAGCUGCACAACACAGACAUGGAGGAUAUAAAGCAAGGGAAACUGGCUAAAGAACUUGACUUUGUCAGCCACCAUGUAAGAACUAAACUGGAUGAGUUGAAGAGGCAGGAAGUAAGCCGACUGAGGACGCUGAUCAAAGCUAAGCAUGACAUAGAAGGAGGGGAUGGCCAGGCUAUGGACCAUCAGGCCUUACUGAAGCAGUUUGAGCAUCUAAACCACAUGAACCCUCACACAUUUGAGGUGGAGGAUUUGGACAGGCUUAUCAAAUCGGCCACCAGUGAUUUAGAAAAUUAUGACAAGGAGCGUCACGAGGAUUUUAAGAAGUAUGAAAUGAUGAAGGAGCACGAGCGACAGGAGCACCUUAAAGAGCUCGACGAGGAGGCCAGGAAAAAAGAGGAGGAGCAUUAUGAAGAGAUGAAGAAGAAGCAUGCUGAUCACCCCAAAAUCAACCAUCCGGGCAGUCAAGAUCAGUUGAAAGAAGUCUGGGAGGAGGCAGAUGGUCUUGAUCCUGAAGAUUUUAACCCUAAAACUUUCUUCAACCUGCAUGAUACAAAUGGAGAUGGUUUCUUUGAUGAGCAAGAGUUGGAGGCAUUGUUUACAAAGGAGCUGGAAAAGAUCUAUGAUCCUACCAAUGAGGAGGAUGACAUGGUGGAGAUGGAGGAAGAGAGGCUACGGAUGAGAGAGCACGUCAUGAAUGAGGUCGAUGCCAACAAGGACAGACUGGUGUCCUUAGACGAAUUCAUGACCGCAACGAAGAAAAAAGAAUUCCUGGAACCAGACAGUUGGGAGACUCUGGAACAAAACCCGAUCUACACCGAUGAGGAGAUGCACGAGUUCGAGGCGCAUUUAGCCAGACAGGAAGAGGAUCUGAUCCAGAAAACGGCUGAUCUGCAGAAGCAACAUGAAGAGCUCCAGCGACAGCAAGAGGAACUAAAUGCACAGAAACUAGAACUGCAACAAGCUGUAGAGCACGUGGAGCGAUUGAAAAGCCAGAAAGUAGAGCCCCCAGCUGAUGUUGACGGAAAUGCAGUUCCUGAAGUUCCUAACCAGGAGCAACCCCAACCCCCUGGACACCAGCCACCUCCCCUAGGUCACCAAGACAUCCCUGCAGCCGAGCCAAACCAAGGUCAUCUAAAUCAGCCUGAAGAUGCUCACCCAGUGCCUCCUGGUCAUGCCAAUGUGAACCAGGAAGCCCAACAGACACCCUAGAAAGCAGGUAGUGUUGGGCUUGACUGUGCAGAUGAACACGCCCGCCACAAAUUUUCCUCUCCAGUGUCUGGAGGCGAUGUAUAACAGUCCUUAUUCUGUGCGACCUCCCGUUUUGAGAGGCUGCUGCUUUCACACGGUUUAACAAAAACAAACGUUUACAGGAUUAUUAUAUACAGUUCAAUAGAGUUUUUUAUUAUCUCGUGCUGGUUGGUAUUUUGCUCGUUUUUUGUCCGAAAAAAAUACAAAAGAAAACAUUCAAUUACAGCAUGAGGGAUUUUAUUUCUUUUUUUUAUUUCCUGAAUUUGGACUCAGAUAAGUGGAAUAUUUAAAAACGGCAGUACAAGGUUGUAUUAUCAUGAUAUUCAAUAUCUAAUACUUGAAACAAGGUUAUAAUGAUGUCCUUUACAAUACAGAUCAAGUCUUGACUGAGUAAAUCACAUUAAGAAAUUUAUGUUAAUGUUUAAGGUAUAAUGAGGCUAGAAAUGUAAUCAAAAAGCAGGUAAAAAAAAAAAAGCCCUUAUAAUAAGUAAAAUUGGCUUAUUUCAGUCCAGUACUGUGCAAAUUGCUAAAUUUAGCAAUGAAAUAGGCAUCGUUUCCAAUAGUAAUCCAGUUUAGAUUCUAUAUUAAUCUAAAUAUGAGUUUUAUUGCCCUGUACGGUUUCAAGCUUUCUCUAUUUCCAACACUUCUGAUCCUACUCAUGAAGCCCUUGAUAAUUAGCUAAUGAGCUGAAGCAGUUUCGACACUGCAGGUUAAUUGGCAUCUAAAACCAAUUACCCUAAAUUCUAGUUGGUUUAACAAACUGUGUUGGAUUAAAAUGUGCCCACUGCAAGGUACUGAAUCUUUAAGUGUCUGCCAGAUUGAUUUGUUUUUGUUUGUCAUUUUAUCUGUACUAUUCUUAUUAAAUGCUCAAGGUACCCCAA